CCGCCAGGCGGAUGAUGUGUCUUUCUUUCCCCGACCGUUACCUGCCGUUAGUCGGCUCUUCACUCUGAUAUCCCUCCGCCCUGCUCAGCCGGGGCCCCGCCUCAUUGUGCGAACGCCAAGCCGAGGGGGAGGAGUCAGGUAGCAGACACUGACACGUAACAGUCCUGCGUAGAAUUUAAGGAAGAAGCUGCAUCUUUUCUAUAAACUCACUUUGGAGACAUCUGACUCACUUCAGAUUUGAUGAACAACCGAGCUGUCCCGUUCUAGAAGCCCGUUUGAGCGGCCUCCAGAAGCGACCGAAGCGGGACCAUCAGACAGAAACAGAGGAAGAGCCGACGCUUAAAAUGAGAUUUUCAGUGUUUAUUUCUGUGCUGCGGUCGCUCGGCCCGGUGGUAAUCGGCAUUUCAUUGGGCUUCACGUUGAGUUUGCUGAGCGUAAGCUGGACGGAAGAAGGGUGUCCCCUGGAGGGGAAGGAGGGCGAGGAUGUGGCUUCGGGUCAUGAUGGACUCCUCAAAGGAGCCCGAAAGCCCAACUCCAUUUCCACCGGCAACGAUGUGGAGUCCGAAGAGGAUUUCGAGCCAAGAAUAGUCCCAUACAAACAAGUCCAACAGAGUGCUCCAAAGAAAGUUUUCAGGGCUAAAUACAUAAGCACGGAGCUUGGGAUGCGAGAGCGCCUGUUUGCUGGAGUACUGACCUCCAAAAACACCAUCAACACUCUAGGCGUAGCGGUGAACCGCACCAUAAGCCACCACCUGGACACUGUGGUCUUCUUCACUGGCUCGCGCAACCGCAAAGUCCCCCACGGCAUGAUUGUGGUCUCCCACGGAGACGAGAGGCUGAUAUGGAACAUGUUUCAGACCAUAAGGUAUGUUUUAGACCAUUACAUCAACGAGUAUGACUGGUUCUACUUCGUCCAAGACGACGCCUACACGGAAGCCGACAGGAUCAGAGAGCUGGUGGAGCACCUGAGCAUGGAUCGAGAGCUGUACAUGGGCAGUCCCGAAGAGUUCAUUGGCGGGGAGAUGGAAGGGAAGUAUUGCUACGGGGGUUUUGGGUACCUCCUGUCGCGCAGCUUACUCCUGCGACUUCAGAUCUUCCUGGAAAACUGCAGGAAUGACAUCCUGAGCUCCAGGCCAGAUGAGUGGCUUGGUAGAUGCAUCAUUGAUUACACCAGCAACAACUGUGUCAGUGAAUAUGAGGGGCUUGAGUACCACCAUUACGAGCUUGGAAAAAACUCUGAUCCAAGUAAAGAACAAAACAAAAAGUUCAAGAGGGCUCUGACUGUUCAUCCGGUGUCUGAUCCUGAACAAAUGUACCGGCUGCACAGAUACUUCUCUGAGAUUGAGCUCCAGAAGACUUACAAUGAGAUCGCUAAGCUGCAGGCGGAGAUUAAAAAUGUCAGCUGGCUCGCUUUUGAAGGCAACCGCAGCGCCCAGUGGCCAGUGGGGGUCAAUCCACCUUUUGAGCCUAAAUCUCGGUUUGAAGUUCUUAAGUGGGAGUACUUCACAGAGGAGGAGAUUUAUUCGUGCAUCGACGGUGCUCCUAAAUGUGAGCUGCGCGGCAUUGAUAAAACAGAUGUGGCAGACGUCAUAGACACAGCCGUAGAGGAGCUGAACAAAAAGUACAUGCCCACAUUACAUCUGAAGAAGCAGCAGCUGAUUAAUGGAUACAGACGCUUCGACCCCACCAGGGGCAUGGAGUACACCUUAGACCUUCAGCUCGAGGUUGUUAAUCAGAAAGGUCACAGCCGGUCCAUCACCAAGAGAGUCCACCUUGUGCGACCUUUAAGCCUCAUAGAGAUCAUUCCCAUGCCCUAUGUCACUGAAGCUACAAGGGUUCACAUCAUUAUACCGCUCACUGCAGAAGACCGGAGCUUUGUCAACCAUUUUCUAGAAGUCUUUGCUUCCAACGCCUUUGAGACGAGUGAAAAUGCAAUCUUGACGUUUCUGUUCAUUUAUGACCCCGAAGAAGCUCAACACGUUAACCACAACGAUAUAUUUGCUGAUGUGAAGAAUCAGAUAAAUGUUUACGAGCGAAAAUACCCCACAGUAAAAAUCCCCUGGAUAAGUGUCAAGACAGAAAUACCUUCACAGAUUAAAUUCAUGGACAUCAUCUCAAAAAAACACCCAGUGGACACUUUGUUCUUCCUGGCCCACGUCAACACAAACAUCAACACUGAAUUUCUAAACCGCUGUCGCAUGAAUUCAAUAAACAACUGGCAGGUGUUCUUCCCCAUCCAUUUCCAGGAGUACAAUCCUGACGUGGCCUAUCACAACCAGCCAAGUCCGGCCACAGUAGAUCUGGUAAAAGACGCGGGACAUUUUGACCGCAGGUCAUUCGAUGAGGCGUGCUUUUACAACUCUGACUACAUGGCUACGCGAUCUCGAAUGGUGGCGGACGUCCAAGAGAACGAGGAUAUUCUUGAGAACCUGGACAUCUAUGACAUAUUUGUUAAGUAUUCAGGUCUGCAUGUAUUCCGAGCUGUUGAGCCAGCUCUUCACCAGCAGUACCGCUACCAGUCCUGCAACCCAAAACUCAGUGAAGACGUCUACCAUAGGUGUAUUCAGAGUAACAUGGAGGGCAUUGGUUCCCGGUCGCAGCUCGCCAUGCUGCUUUUUGAGCAAGAACAAGGAAACAGUACUUGAAGAUACCAGACUGCUUUGUUUUUGUUUUUUGUAAAACUGACUGAAGAUGUUGAAGGUCUUUUAGAGUCAGUCUUGGGCACAAAAGAGCAAUAAGUCUUCUACCAGCUUUAAGUCCAACCCUACAUUUCUUAGUUUUGAUAAAUGGAUGCAAUGAAACUGUUUUGUAGAACUUUUUCACAGAGAUGAUUUACUGGAACCAAAUAUGUUAGCUAUGCUGACAAAUCUAAAAAUUGCGUCAAGCUGUUUUGACCACUAGGGGAGCAUAAAAACAUAGACUUGUGGUUUUGUGGUACCUUUGAAGAGUACUUCGGAUAAACGGUCUUUGGUUAGGAAGAACUCCUGAGGAAAGACUGAGAUUGGUUAGGGUAGGCAUGGGCUGGUUACUGAUACCCUUCCUACAACAAAAGGUUCUUCUAGUGAGAUCUGAUGGAUCGUGUUACAGAAACUAGGGUUUAAAGUAACGUGCACAGCCCCUCCCCCACUUGUUGCUGCACAUUGCUGGUCAGCUGGCUGAAAUAGGGCUACUUUGUUUCUCUUAUGCUUACAAGUAGGACAAAUUACAAGAAGGACGAAUUUAAAUUGCAUGGAAAGUAGUAGCUCCACCCAUCAACCUUACUAAGCUAACCUUGUUUUAGAAAUACAGUAGGCAACGCUCUCAGUGGACGUCCAUGGACUUCUUUGUUAUGACUGAAUCUUACCAGUCCUUGUCCUUAUAUAACCACAGAAAAUAUAUUUAAACUGGUACUUAUUUCAGCACAUAGGUUCCAUCCAACUAAAUUUGGCUUAGACAAAGACCUUAAAAGUAAGGCUUUGCUGCCACGUUUGAUUAGUCACAUUGUUUACACAUCAUUCAGUUUCGUGAUGACUUCAGGCUGGCUACUGGAGCAGAUAGCCCAGCUAAAUGCAUACUGUUAUCAGCCAAGUUUACUUGAGAAUUACUACAACAUUUAGUCGUAUUUAUUCCUUAUUGUUGUCACUGUUUUAAAAUCAAAGCAUACAGUAUGACAGAAUAGUUGUUGCUUUUCUGUUCUGAAUGAAAGAUAUUUGAUAAUGUUACAAACCUUUCUUGGCAUGUUUUAAACAUUUUUCAGAUAUCUUAAAGGUAGUUUUACUGAAGGUCAUCAUGCUGUGAGAAUCUCACACCGGCCCAUGCCUAGUUAGGAGUAAUUAUGUUGAUUGGUUAUGGUUUGAAGAAGAAUGUAAGGGAAUCCUAUGCAAAGAUAGUGUACAAAGCUCACCUUUGGGAAAAUGAAUUAGCUGAGAAAGGUAACAUACAAUUUCUUUUAAAAGUAUUAGUACCCCUUGAACUUUUUUGCUUUUUUCUGAUGUAGCAACCAUAAACUUCAAUAUAUUUUAUUUAGAUUUGUAGAAUAGUUGAGGGAGUACUUGAAGGGUACAAUUGUGAAGGGGAAUGAAAUAUAUGCAUGAUUUUUUACAUGUUACCAAAUGCAUUUGUGUUCAUCUGCUGAAGGGUGAACCACCUCCUCCAUCUCAAGUCUUUUGCAGCAUCUAGCAAGUUUACUGUCAGUAUUACACUUUCUUUAGCUCCAUCUCUCCUUCAAUCAUCUCAUUUCAGCAUCCCUGUCCUUGCAGAAGAAAAGUGUCCCCACAGCAUGAUGCUGCCACCAUCAUGUUUCAUUAAGGGGAUGGUGUGUUCAAGGUGUUUUCUGCUGCAGUAUUUUGCAUGUAGGUCAAAAAGUCGGUCUCAUCUGACACGAGUGGUAGACUCUGUUUAAUAGUUAGGUACUUCAGAUACUUUGGAAGGUUUUGUUUGCACCAGAUUUUGUUUAUACCUUUUGAAAACCAUGUUGUAUUUUCUUUCCACUUCACAAUUAUCCACAACUUUAUGUUGGUCUUUAAUUAAAGUAGUUUGUGGUUGCUGCAUAAGAAAGCAUUAAAACGUUUGAGGGGAAAUAUCAGUACAUUUGCACGUGAGUCAUUGAUUUUCUUUUUAAUUCAGAAUGUAUAUCUUGAUUGGUUCACAUACUGAUGAAUGAAACUAUUUCUGUUAGACCUAAGUGAGGGAAUGUACUGGGUACGGCUGCUCAUGAGCAAAGGUGGGUUCUGAGACCAAUGAAUUAAAACAAUAAGAGGUUUGUAAUUAAAAAGCGUUUUUUUGUUGCUUUUCAGAUGGGUUAGACGUACAAGCAGGAGGCCCUUCGUUUUAAUGUCCGUAUCAGAUGCAUUGUUAAAAUGGAAGUUAAUGUCUAGCUUUAAUUUUAUUUCCAACGGUACAUUGCACCACUGCUUGUGUGUCCCCCCCAACACCCGACACAUAGGGGCGUUCAGUUCUUGCACUUUUGAUACUUGGCUGGUUUGAGUAUUCACAGGAGUGCGUGUUUGUAUUAUGUGCCUUGACAAAGACGUUUCAUAUGUUGGCUAUCUGUUUUUUUUUUUUUUUCAUAUAUGAAGUGGUAUUUUGGGAUUGUUACAACUUGUAUGGCUGUGCUGAAAUGGAUGGGAGAGUUGAGCUGUCUUUUUGUUUAUAAAGCCUGUCGCAGCUGGGAGACUGAAGAACCCGACCAUCUGCAGGGUCCGUGUGCCUCGAAGCAGGGCGGAGCUCUCUGGAAAGUAUCUGCUGGGUUUGAUGCAUGAAGACUUGACUUUCUGGAAAUGUUAUUUUUUCUUACUGAAACGUUUUAAUGGUACAAAAAGAUUGCCAGCAAGAGGUGCAAAGAGCCCGAUGAAUAAACACGUUGGUACUGUCUGAACCUUUGUGGAACUGAAGUGUGACAGAUUCUAUUUUAAUUACUUCAGAAAUAUUUUUCUAUAUCAACAGCAGCAUAAAUUAGAAAAAGUUUAACGGUUCCUAAGUGCUUUGGAUUUUUUUGCUAAAUAUGGUGCGCUUGUCCUCCGCUUGGUGAACUCUCUUCCAGAUGUUGUGAAAUGCAGUAGGGGGGUCUCUUCUGUCUCUGAGCAGUAAUGGACGUCGUGGUACUGCACAGCAGUACAUUAAAAUGUGCAAUAUUUCAGAUAAUACACCUGGAUAGGCAGCUUUUAGAUGACGACUUUAAAUUUCAAAGACGUUUUUUUUCUUUCUUCAAGUGCAGCAGUGUGUAUAUCACAGUACUGUUCAUGACUUGUACCUUCUGUUUGAGGCAGGGUAAAUACACUGUAAUUUCGCUGACAGGCCCUUUUAAUGUAUUUUGCUCUCUGUAGACACUUUUUCAUCACAUUUGCUUUGAAAUACAUAAAAACCAAGGCGAGUCCUUUUAUUUAACUGUAAUUGGAUUUAAUAUAUAUGUUGGAAACACUACCACAGCAGCGGAGGUCUGCAGCAGUUUGCUGUAUUAUUCGUUGUGUGAUCACACAGCAUUAUGUUCAGUUCUUUUGCUUUCGUGUUUCUUUUUUAUGUUUUAUAUGAGAACAGUUUUUUUUUUAAUCUGUUAACUUGGUGUGAAUGUUUUCCUGAAGAGAGUCUUUCAGAAAAAUCACUGUGAAAUAAGGAGGUUGAGAUUACAAUAUGAAGUUACUGAGAUGUUUUGUUUUCUUGCCUUCCGUCAGCAUGAAAGGUCUAAAAUUAAGCGAGGCGCCGUUUUAAUUAUCCUGUGUGGUCAACGCAGCCACCAUCGCUGAACAAAGGCUCCUCAAACAUUUUGUCCAUGAUUUAUUUAUCUGUCACAUCACCUAAAUUACGCAGAAUCUGAAUAUUUUCUGCACUAACAUAGGCUUUUAUGACAUUAUUUGUACACGUAUAAAUUUUUUUUAUACACAUAUUAUUUCACUUUUCACAGCAAGUGAUAUUUGAUUUUACUUUUCCUCUUGUUUUGUGAUUCUAAAAUGAUUUGAUGUUGCGUGCAUUUCACAUAAAUUGCAACAAGCAGCUGAAGCUUUUCAUUUUCACCCCAUCCACUGGUUUGUACGGUUUCACACACAUUGGUACUUGUUAAACCAAAGCGGUACAUUUCAGUUAAUGCACAUGACAUGUAAUUGAGUGCUCUAAUUCUCAGUAAACUGUGAAUCAUUGUAAUUUUUCUAAAUAAAGAAUUUUUAAUAUUUA